GAAGUAUUGUUCCUGUUCUCUUUCUUAAGUCAUUUGAAACAUUGUCCCUGCGAGUUCUUUAAGUUCCCUGCAAUCUGUACACAAGAGAAAGAGGGAGAGAGAGAGGGAGAGAGACAGAGAGAGCAAGGGAUCAGGUAAAGCACUGGGGCUGCUGCAGCCAUUCAGACUCAGGAGCUGGAAAAUUGCCAAGGAUGCAGAAGGAAAUGAAGAUGAUCAAAGAUGAGGAUGUGCAUUUCAAUUUGGGUGUGAAGAGAGCCCCCUCCUUUCCCCACUGCCUGCAGCCAGUGGUUUCCCGAGGGAAAGCUCCCCAAAGACACCCCUUCCCAGAAGCUCUCCGGGGGCCUUUUUCCCAAUUUCGGUAUGAACCUCCUCCGGGACACCUAGAUGGAUUCCCGGGGGUCUUUGAAGGAGGAGGGUCUCGGAAACGGAAGAGCAUGCCCACCAAGAUGCCCUACAACCACCCUGCAGAAGAAGCCCCUCUCGUCCUCCAUGAGGAGAGCAAAAACCACGGCCCUCCGAACCUCUCUCUGCUCUUCCCGCAGCCCCCGCGCCCCAAGUAUGACUCGCAAAUGAUCGACCUGUGCAAUGUGGGCUUCCAGUUCUACCGCACCCUGGAACACUUAGGGGGCAGGCCCGUCAAGCAGGAGCCCGUGAAGCCCAGCGCCGUAUGGCCCCAGCCAACCUCCGCUCCGUUCCUGCCCACGCCCUACCCCUAUUACCCCAAGGUGCCCCCUGGCCUCAUGUUCCCCUUCUUCAUGCCCUCGGCCUCCCCCUUCCCCUUCAGCCGGCACACCUUCCUGCCCAAGCAGCCCCCGGAAGCGCUGCUGCCGCGCAAAGCCGAGCCUCAGGAGAGCGAGGAGACCAAGCAGAAGGUGGAGAGGGUGGACGUGAACGUGCGCAUCGACGACAGUUACUACGUGGACGUGGGCGGGGCGCAGAAGCGCUGGCAGUGCCCCACCUGCGAGAAGUCCUACACCUCCAAGUACAACCUGGUCACCCACAUCCUGGGCCACAGCGGGAUCAAGCCGCACGCGUGCACCCGCUGCGGGAAGCUCUUCAAGCAGCUCAGCCACCUGCACACCCACAUGCUGACCCACCAGGGCACGCGGCCCCACAAGUGCCAGGUGUGCCACAAGGCCUUCACGCAGACCAGCCACCUGAAGCGCCACAUGAUGCAGCACAGCGAAGUGAAGCCGCACAACUGCCGCGUCUGCGGCCGCGGCUUCGCCUACCCCAGCGAGCUCAAGGCCCACGAGGCCAAGCACGCCAGCGGGCGCGAGAACAUCUGUGUGGAGUGCGGCCUCGACUUCCCCACUUUGGCCCAGCUGAAGAGGCACCUCACCACGCACCGGGGGCCCAUCCAGUACAGCUGCUCCGAGUGCGACAAGACCUUCCAGUACCCGAGCCAGCUGCAGAACCACAUGAUGAAGCACAAGGACAUCCGGCCCUACAUCUGCUCCGAGUGCGGCAUGGAGUUCGUGCAGCCCCACCACCUCAAGCAGCACUCCCUCACGCACAAGGGCGUGAAGGAGCACAAAUGUGGGAUUUGUGGGCGGGAGUUCACUCUGUUGGCCAACAUGAAGAGACACGUGCUGAUCCAUACCAACAUUCGCGCCUACCAGUGUCACCUCUGCUACAAGAGUUUUGUGCAGAAACAGACCCUCAAGGCACACAUGAUCGUCCACUCUGACGUGAAGCCUUUCAAAUGCAAGCUGUGUGGGAAGGAAUUCAACCGGAUGCACAACCUAAUGGGUCACAUGCACCUGCACUCUGACAGCAAACCCUUCAAGUGUCUCUACUGUCCAAGCAAAUUCACCCUAAAGGGGAACCUGACACGCCACAUGAAAGUCAAGCACGGGGUCAUGGAGCGGGGCCUCCAUUCUCAAGGUUUUGGAAGGGGGAGAAUUGCCCUGGCCCCGACGGCAGGAGUGCUCAGGAGUCUGGAACAAGAGGAGCCCUUUGACCUUUCCCAGAAGCGUGGGGCAAAGGGGCCACUGUUCCAGUCAGAUGGGGAGAGCGCCCGGGGCAGCCCCUGCCAUGAGGAAGAGGAGGAGGACACCAGCUAUGAGGGGGAAGAUAUCAACAACUCCACUUAUCCAAUGAAUGUUUAUUGAGCACCUGCUAUGUGACAGGCAGUGUGCUGAGAGGCUCUGGAGAUACCAGAAUGAGCAUUACAGACCCAGUCACUCUCCUAAAUAAACUUGUGAGGGGGGCACCCUGGGUGACUCAGUCAGUUAAGCAUCUGCCUUCAGCUCAGGUCAUGAUCCCAGGGUUCUGGGAUUGAGCCCCACAUUGGGCUCCUUGAUCAGCAGGGAGCCUGCUUCUCCCUUUCCCUCUGCCCCUUCCCCCUCCUUGUGGUCUCAAUCUCGUUCGCUCUCU